GAAAAAUGGAAAAUGAAAUUAGCCAUGGAAAUGUGACACAUGGGGCUAGUAAAGGUAAACCCGAGAGCCCACGUGUCACAUGUAGCGAUAGCACCACCACCACCAAUAAUAAUCACAACAACAACAGCAAAGAACAAGAUCGAUUUCUUCCGAUAGCAAACGUGAGUAGAAUCUUGAAGAAAGUGAUCCCGAGUAACGGUAAGAUCUCCAAAGACGCAAAAGAAACGAUCCAGGAAUGCGCGUCGGAGUUCAUCAGGUUCGUCACCGGAGAAGCCUCGGACAAAUGUCAGAGAGAGAAGAGGAAGACGAUAAACGGAGACGAUAUCAUAUGGGCAAUCACAACGUUAGGGUUUGAGGAAUACGUCGGACCCUUGAAAUUGUACCUAAGCAAAUAUCGAGAGAUCGAAGAUGAGAAGCUUAUCUUCCCAGAGCAACAAAGACAGGAGCUGCAGAAACAAUAUCAUCAUCAUCAUCAUCAACAACAACAACAAUCCGAAUAUGAACAAAAUUUAGGGUUCAACAACAAUAAUGUAUAUUCUUUAUUAAAUGUUUUGUCUCAUCAUCAUCUUCAUCAUCACCAACCUCCUUGUUUUCCUACGGAUCAACCAUUUUCCUUGCCUUUCUCUUCCAAUUCCUUUCAAAAGCAAUUACAGUAGUAAGAUUUUGAAUCUGUGGGAUGUUGGUAAGAACAACUGGAUCUCUUUUCCAGUUUUCUUCUUCUAUAUUCAUUUGCAAUGUUAAUUAAGUUCAUAUAUACAUUUUAAUAUAUUUAUUAUUAUGCUUUUCUUGCAUAAUUUGA